CAAGUAGCGUAUUGUGAAAAAAAUCUAGUUGAAUUGUAUUUCACUUUUCAUUCAACAACACAAAUCUUCAACAGUUUCAAGUAAAUUUCUAAGGAGGGAGGAAAAUGAUCAACACCGGUAAAUUAGCAGGCAGAACAUUGUUCAUUACUGGAGCUUCCAGAGGUAUUGGCAAGGCUAUUGCCCUUAAGGCCGCCCGUGAUGGUGCUAAUAUUGUGGUAGCUGCCAAGACUGCUGAACCUCAUCCCAAAUUACCGGGAACAAUUUACUCAGCAGCCGAGGAAAUCGAAAAGGCUGGCGGUAAGGCUCAUCCUUGUAUUGUAGAUGUAAGAGAUGAAAAUGCGGUGCGUUCUGCUGUGCAGGAGGCAGUCGCCAAGUUUGGUGGCAUUGAUAUAUUGGUAAAUAACGCCAGUGCUAUUUCCUUGACCGGCACUUUGCAAACAGACAUGAAGAGAUUCGAUUUGAUGCAGCAAAUUAAUACCCGCGGCACAUUUUUAGUUUCCAAAGAGUGUUUGCCCUAUUUGAUGAAAUCGAAUCAUGCUCAUAUUUUAAACCUUUCACCUCCAUUGAAUAUGAACCCUAAGUGGUUUGCUCCCCAUGUGGCAUACACCAUGGCCAAGUAUGGCAUGUCUAUGUGUGUUUUGGGCAUGAGCGAAGAAUUCCGUGAUAAAGGCAUUGCUGUAAAUGCCCUGUGGCCACGUACCGCUAUACAGACGGCAGCCAUUGAGAUGUUAACCGGUCCUGAGAGCUCCAAAUGGUCACGCAAGCCAGAAAUUGUCUCUGAUGCUGCUUAUGCCAUUUUGAUCAAGGAGCCUAAAGAGGCCACUGGUAAAUUCUUUAUUGAUGAUGAGGUUUUGCAGGCCAAUGGUGUUACCGAUAUCAAGCAAUAUGCUUGCGAUCCCAGUGCGGCCGAUAAAUUGAUGAUGGACUUCUUUUUGGACGAACCCACAUACACCUCAUUGGACCAACCACCAGCCUCUAGUGCCACCAGCUCUUCAGCUGCAUCGUCUGGUACAAUUCCUGCGCUAUUCAACAAAAUUGAAUCCUUGUUGUCUGCCGAAAUUGUGGGCAAAACUCAGGCUGUUUAUGAAUUCAAUAUCACCGGUACUGAGAAGGGUACCUGGUUUUUGGAUUUGAAAAAUGGUACAGGCUCUUGUGGUCAGGGAGCUGCCCCCUGUCAAGCUGAUGCCGUGCUCACAAUGAAGGACAAAAACUUCUCCGACAUGUUUGCUGGCAAAUUGAAGGCUGCUCCUGCCUUCAUGACUGGUAAAUUGAAAAUCUCUGGAGAUUUGCAAAAGGCCAUGAAAUUGGAAAAACUCAUGAAAGCUUUGAAAUCGAAAUUGUAAACUAUAUUUUUUUUUUGAAAGCACUGAGCAUUUUUAUUAUUAUUUUUUAGAUAGUAGGUACACAUAUUAUUAAAAAAAGUUUAUAUUAUUAUAUGCAUUGCAUUAUUAUUACUGUAUUGUAUUUUUUUUAAAAAACGACUGCCAAUAAAACGAUAAAUUUUGUUAAACAAA